UCUGUGGCAAUGAUAGUGAUUUAGGCACAUCCAUGGGCAGGGCUGGCUGCAGAGGCCUGGUGACCGUGUGUAAGAAGCGUGUGGGCUGUGUGGGUGUGCUGGUCAGCGUGCUCCAGGCGGCCAUGUGCACACAAAGGAGGCUGACUUACAAGAACCGACUCCCGAAAGCCCAGCGAGGCCCAGCCGGGCCUGCAGCCAACUUCCACUUUACCCGGGAUGCUUUCGCUUUCAAGACAUCUUGUUUUGAGUCAAGAUUCCUCCUUCUGAACGUGGGACUUUCCAGCAGGCCCACAGCUCCUUCCGCGCACUCAUUUGGCCUAGGAUGGAUAUCCUGGUUUGUCGAGGUUGUCUCCCAAAGGAGGACGGCGGCCAUGUGGUCCCUCUGGAGGCUUCUUCUCUUUGAAGCACUCCUUCCCGUUGUGGUUAUCAGUGUCCAAGUGCUAAGCAAGGUUGGGGACUCCGUGCUGCUGGUGGCUGAGUGUCCUCAGGGCUUCCAAGUGCGUGAGGCUAUCUGGAGAUCUCUGUGGCCAUCAGAGGAGCUCCUGGCCACAUUUUUCCGGGGUUCCUUGGAGACUCUGUACCACUCUCGUUUCCUGGGCCGAGUCCAGCUAUAUAACAACCUCAGCCUGGAGCUUGGGCCCCUGAAACCUGGAGACAGUGGCAAUUUCUCUGCGCUGAUGGUGGAUACAGGGGGUCAAACCUGGACCCAGACCCUGCAUCUCAAGGUGUACGAUGCAGUACCCAAGCCUGAAGUUCAAGUGUUCACUGCUGCAGCAGAGGAGGCUCAACCCCUCAAUACCUGUCAGGUCUUCUUAUCCUGCUGGGCCCCCAACAUCAGUGACAUAACCUACAGUUGGCGUCAGGAGGGGACAGUGGACUUUAAUGGAGAAGGGCACAGCCUUUUCUCAAACGGCCAGGUGUUAAGUAUCACACUGGGACCAGGGGACAAGGAUGUGGCCUUUACCUGCGUUGCCUCCAACCCUGUCAGCUGGGAUAUGACCACAGUCACCCCCUGGGAGAGCUGCCAUCAUGAGGCAGCCUCCGGGAAGGCCUCCUACAAGGAUGUGCUACUGGUAGUAGUGCCAAUCACACUGUUCCUGAUUCUGACUGGUCUCUUUGGGGCAUGGCACCAUGGCCUCUGCUCAGGGAAGAGGAAGGAUGCUUGCACUGACAGAGUGCUUCCAGAGACAGAGAAUACCCUCGCAUAGAAGAUGUCAUGAGGGACAACAUAAACUGGUGCUUGGACCAUGAUGAGAUGCCUGACCAGUCACAUGAUGCUCCACACCUAGACACCUCCAGGAUCCUCAUCACUUCCACAAGUCGGUCUGCCUCUAGUGGAUAGCCAAGAAAGCCACCAUCCUGGAACACCGCCCUGGCCCAAACUUCCUCCUUCCUUCAUCCUGUUUGCACAUGCUGGAUCCUCUCUGGGCAAGGUGGACUAAUAGGAUGCUUCCUUCAGAACACUGGACUUCCUCUAGGAUCCACGGGGACAUUGAUUAUCCAAGGCAUCCAUUCCUCUACCACUGCACUUAAGGUCUUGCCCAACGGCCACCAGGGGACUGCCUCCAGGCCAGGACCUGGGUUCUAAAAGAGAUCAGAUGUUUGAAGUAACAUGGAACUUGAGUUAACCAUUGCCAACUCUAACCCCAGCCCCCGGAGUCUGAGGUCCUUGUGUUCAAGAUGUUAGCAUAAGAAAAGGCAUGGAACAGGAAAGAUGGAGGUCAGGGCUUUCUUUCUCUUUCUGGCUGGAGUUCAAGGGCCCUCAAAGAUAAAUUGAGGUUACAGAUGAUGAGGGAUAGCAAAUGCACCCUGUUAGGAUCUAAACCAUUUUUCUGGUAGCACCGUAUUUAUAGACAUCUUUGUUGCCAUUAAUUCUCAUAUCUCCUGGAUAUCAGAGGUGUUGUUUCAAGCUUUCUCCAUACAUUCUACAUGGUUGCCAGAAAAUAAAUAAAUAAAUAAAUAAAUAAUACAGAGCAUUUGACCCAGCCAGGAGGAAAUUCUUCCACAAUGUCAAGAGAAACAGUUAAGUUCAGGAUAAGUCUGUCUUCCUGAAACUGGGAGAAUGAAGAGCCACAAAAACCUACACGGGGGGCUGGAGAGAUAGCUUAGUGGUUAAGAGCCCUGACUGCUCUUCCAGAGGUCCUGGGUUCAAUUCCCAGCAGCCACAUGGUGGCUCACAACCAUCUGUAAUGGGGUCUGAUGCCCUCUUCUGGUGUGUCUGAAGACAGCUACAGUGUACUCAUAUACAUUUUAAAUAAAUAAAUA